GCUGAGUGGCCGCUCUCCUCUCCACACGCUCUCUACGCAGCACGCGGUGACGAGUUCACCUCCUCCGUCUCGGCUUUUCUGGAUCUUCUGCGUGUUUACUUCAGCUCCAGGCGCUGUAGCUCAACUCUGAGGGCCACCGACUUUCUCCUCGGCGUCAUUACUCGCCUUUGAGCUGUUAUAAGCGCCGUAUUUUCUCCUCUUGUGUGAUGUGAUCAUGUCGGUCAGGGAGCGCUGCUAAUAAUCAGUCGUCAGAUGCGAGGAUGAACUGGAUUUUUCCCCCCUCCAAGGGCUCUGGAGCGAUCCCCCCUCCUCUGAACAGCUUACAGAAACAGAGGCAGCGGCAGGUCGAGUCCCUCAGAGCCGCUCACUCCAGUAUUGCAGAGAUCCAGAAAGAUGUGGAGUACAGAAUUCCUUUCACGGUCAACAAUUCGACCAUCAGCGUCAACAUUUUGCUUCCACCACAGUUCCCUCAAGAAAAGCCUGUGGUCACAGUGUAUCCGCCUGUGGGUCAUCAUUUAGUGGACAGUAACAAUGGUACCAUGGUCACCAGCCCCCUCAUUACUAACUUUGGAAUGCACUCCGAUCUCGGAAAAGUAAUCCAGAGCUUGCUGGAUGAGUUCUGGAAGAGUCCACCAGUUCUAAUGCCCGGCGCGCCCUCGUUCCCCUUCAUGUACAAGCCGUCUGCGAUGCCCCCCUACCCCACCCAGAACUUCCAUUUCGUCCCUGCCUUCCCGGCGCAGGACAGCCAGCGGCCCAUGGUUCCCGCCCCUGUGCCGCCCUCCCAGGGGGUGGAGCUUCAGCCGCCCCAGCCACGCCCACCCGUACCAGCUUACGGGCUCAUCACGGACCUUCCGCUACCUGUGCCCACCUCUGACUCACAGACGGGGCUAAACGGGCACAUGUACAAGAUGCCCGAAAUCCCAGAAUCGUUUCCUGAACUGUCUGAGAUGAGCGUGUCUCAGCUGAAGGAUAUGAAUGAAAAUGAUGAUGUUCUGCUAGAGUUCUUCGCCUCUCUGCCCCAACUCAAGCAGAUCUCCUCCGAUAAAGAAGAUUUGGUCAACAGUAUCGUUGCUUUGGCCAAAAAAAACCUGCAGCUCGAGCCUCAGCUGGAGGGUAAAAGACAAGAAAUCCUGUUCAAAUAUGAGCAGCUGACCCAAAUGAAGUUGGCGUUCCAGACGAAGAUGCAGAGACAGCACGAGCUCAGUGAGAGCUGCAGCCUGAGCGCCCUCCAGGCCAGGUUAAAGGUCGCAGCCCAUCAGGCUGAAGAGGAGUCGGAGGAGACGGCCGAGAGCUUUCUGGAAGGAAAGACCGACAUCGAUGACUUUCUCACCAGCUUCAUGGAGAAGAGAACGCUCUGCCACAGCAGAAGAGCUAAAGAAGAAAAGCUUCAGCAGGCCAUCAACACUCAUGGACAGUUCCCCAGCACACACUAGAGCUGGCCUGCAACUGGUUUGGGGAUGGUCCUCCAGCAGAACGGUCUGCUGCACAAGCACCCCAAGCCCUACUGCCAGACAGAGCAAAGCCUAGGAACUCUCGAUCUGGAGUCCUAGAACCUUCAGGCCGCAUGACAGUGAAGAAAUCGCUCAUGUAAGCUGACGCCAGGACUUCCAGGACCGAAGUUCACGUUGGCUUUCGUUCUCUAACUCCUGUGACGUUCUAGACUGUAGAUUUGCCCUGUGUGACAGUAGUCAACAGAGGGGAGAUGCGUUCUCUGAACUAGACAGCCUUUCAAGCUCCUGUUAGUACGCAGUAUCUAUUGAGGGUGGGUUUCUUUUAGGGUGGGCCUUCUACGCACUUGAAGACGAAUUUGAAUACGAAGAUGCUGCCAGAUACUUCCCAAAAACGAAAAAAGAAUACUGUAUUUAAUAAUGUUGAUAAUAGGCUUUAUUAUAAUCAGACAUUGUAUUAUAUGUUUAUUUAAUUUGAUAGAUUAAUAAAAACAUUUAGAAUAAUCA